GACCCAAGAAAACAACUGCAAACGCGCAGUGGGAUUUCCUCACCUGUUUUAUCACUCUGAAAUCAAAUCACCAAUCACGCCAAAUCAAAUGGCGAAUCCGCAUCGACCUUCACGCGGCGGCGGCUUCGUCGUCACUUUCCGGCUAUUGCUCUCCGGCAUUACGGUUGCGGCGCUCCUCUUCUUCGGUCUCUCUUUUCUCUUUACUUCACAUUCUCACUCCUUCGACAUCCACCACUAUGGUUUCAGUCCGGUUUCGUAUGCAUCCGGAUCCUCGAGGAGAUCCGUGCUUGCGGUUCAAUCGGAUCCACUCAAGCCUCGGGUGGAUCAGAUACGAAAGCAAGCCGAGGAUCACCGGUCCCUGGCACUCGCUUAUGCCUCCUACGCACGGAAGCUCAAGCUCGAGAACUCCAAACUCGUAAGAAGCUUCGCUGAUCUCUCGCGGAACUACACGGAUCUCCUCAGUAAACCCUCCUAUCGAGCUCUAUCAGAGUCGGAUUCGCUUUCCAUAGAUGAAUCAGUGCUACGGCAAUUUGAGAAGGAGGUGAAGGAGCGGAUCAAAGCCACUAGACAAGCGAUCUCAGAGGCAAAAGAGAGUUUUGAUAAUCAGCUCAAGAUUCAGAAGCUGAAGGACACAAUUUUUGCUGUGAAUGAGCAGUUAACCAAAGCAAAGAAGCAAGGGGCUUUUUCGAGUAUGAUUGCUGCAAAAUCAAUUCCAAAGAGCGUGCAUUGUCUUGCAAUGAGGUUGAUGGAAGAGCGAAUAGCCCAUCCGAAGAAGUACAAUGAUGCAGGGAAGCCAACACCGCCAGAAUUUGAGGAUCCUAAUCUAUACCACUAUGCAAUAUUCUCAGAUAAUGUACUUGCUGCGUCGGUGGUGGUGAAUUCAGCUGUGGCAAAUGCAAAGGAGCCCUGGAAGCAUGUUUUUCAUCUAGUGACAGAUAAAAUGAAUCUUGGUGCUAUGCAAGUUAUGUUCAAAUUGAAGGACUACAAGGGGUCACACAUUGAAGUAAAAGCAGUUGAUGAUUUCACGUUCUUGACUGAGGAAUAUGUGCCUGUUCUUAGACAGUUAAGAGAUGCUAAGUUACAAGAAUUUUACUUUAAGAAUAGGAUGGAGAAUGCAACUAAGGACGCAACGAAUUUAAAGUUCAGGAAUCCAAAAUAUUUGUCUAUUCUUAACCAUUUGAGGUUUUAUUUGCCCGAGAUGUAUCCCAAGUUAAACAGGAUUUUGUUUUUGGAUGAUGAUAUAGUUGUUCAAAAGGACUUGACUGGGUUAUGGAAGAUUGAUAUGGAUGGGAAGGUGAAUGGGGCUGUUGAGACUUGUUUUGGGUCGUUCCACAGAUAUUCACAAUACAUGAAUUUCUCACACCCAUUAAUUAAGCAGAAGUUUAAUCCCAAGGCAUGUGCUUGGGCUUAUGGGAUGAACUUCUUUGAUUUGGAUGCUUGGAGGAGGGAGAACUGCACAGAGGACUAUCAUUUCUGGCAGCAUCAGAACGUGAACAGGACCUUGUGGAAAUUAGGGACAUUGCCCCCUGGUUUAAUUACAUUUUACUCCACUACGAAGCCACUAGACAAGUCAUGGCAUGUUCUAGGACUCGGCUAUAAUCCAAGCAUAAGCAUGGAAGAGAUCAGAAAUGCUGCGGUGGUUCACUUUAAUGGGAAUAUGAAGCCAUGGCUAGACAUUGCCAUGAAUCAAUUCAAGCCACUUUGGUCAAAGUAUGUGGACACAGAAUUGGAAUUUGUCCAGGCCUGCAACUUUGGUCUCUAAAUAGAUACGUCAUAAUUAAAGCUUCUUCAGGGCAUAUAUAUGCCAAUGGUAGUCCUCUAAUUUCAUGAUGUCGGCCGCCACUACUUGUGCUUUUCUUAUCAAUUGCUCUUAUUCAGCGUAGAAGAAGGUUAGCAUCUGUUAUAUUAAUUUAAGACUACUACAUAUUUCCAUAUUUGUAUAAUCUCUCUUUUUAAGUGAUUUUAUUCGGAAGACAUGGCACUCAAAGAUGUGCUGGAUAUUUAUAGCAGUUAGACCGUUCAUAAUAUAUGUCAUCAACCCUGUUCUCGUAAGCAUCCCCGCUCAUGAGGUCAAUUGCCUGUU